UUGCUGUAGACUUGUGCAUCAGUUUUAGCCAAUACAGGGGCCAGAAGCAGAACCAUCACAACAGGACCAGAACUAGAAAGGAAUUAAAGGAGAAAUGAAGGUUGCAGUAUUUGCGUUGGUUUUGAUAUGCCUAGGCUGUGCAUGGUCAUGCGCGGGAUCCCUGCCUCUUGAUAGCAGCUCACGAAAUGAGAUCCAGAAGUUUAGCCGCCGUUAUGCUGAAUCAACCAUUGCGAGUGACAUCAGCAAAAUUGUGGACUCGAUGGUCCAGAAAAACUUUGUAAACUUUCUGCUCAAUCAGAGGGAGAAGAAAAGCGAACCAACUAUAGAAGAUCCAGACACCCGCAUCUUCAAUGACCUGCUGAAAAAAGAGUUUGUGAUGUGGGUUCAGAGAAAAGGCGAUGCAUUCAAGAAUCAAUAAAGCUAAACCGAACGUGCCUCUAAAGCGCCUUGGAGAACAGACCGA